GAUUACUCGACACAGUUUACAAUCACUGUUUUUGUUAAAAUUGCUCACAUGCUUGUAUUUUUUUCUCGGGUAAUUUGUUAGUUAUGUCUUUCAAAAGUGCAGCAUGCGAAUAUUUGUUUGGAAGCGGGGAAUGGCCGGGCCAAGCGGAGGACGCCCGCCCCGCCCCGCCCAAGCCGCCACCGGACCAGGGACUGUCCCCGCUCGAGGUGUCGGCCCUCGCCACGGCCCUGGAGGACUGCGUGGACCAGCUGCGCAUCCUGGCCUUCACCGAGCACAAGGCGCCGGCGGAGCCCGAGGAGGAGGUCCUCGACCUGGAGGAGAGAUUCGGGAAGCCACAAAGGAAACCGGAUGCCAUGGAGUGGAUCAGUAAAGGAUUUCCAGCAACCGAAGAACCAGAAACCCCUUUCACCAAGGUUCAAAAGGACAGGGCCCGCGCCGAGCGGGCGGUCCAGAGGGUCCUGGACGAGUUGCUGGAGGCGGGCAGCUUCUCCUCGCUGGAGGAGGCGGUGGCGCGCGCCGCGGAGGUCAGGCGCCUGGAACGGCAGCUGCUGGAGGACGAGCUGGCCGACUCGGGCCACGUGGAGCUCCUGAGGCGCCAGCUCGGCGAGGAGCUGCUGCAGAAGACGGCGCAGAUCGCGCAGAAGGAGGAGCAGGUCGCCCGGCUCAAGGACGAGAUCCAGAGCACGGUGUACCAGGCCGAGCUGGAGCAGCAGUACCUGCGCCGCUGGGAGGACUCCCGCAGCGUGCAGAACAGUCUGCGGCUGGAGCGGUCAGAGGGCGACCUCCAGCGACGCCUGGAGACCCUGCAGCUGCAGCUGGCCCGGGAGAACAGCCUGCACGACGAGAAGCACAACUUCCUCCUCCAGGAGCUGGAGAACACCGAGAAGAACCUGGAGUACUGGAUGGCCAAGUACUACGAGGACACCGACGCCAAGGCGGAAGAAGUUGCGCAGUUGAAGGAAAAGAGACGUUUGAACUUGAAGCGCCUGGGGGAACUUCAGCUGAUGCUGAAGGCGCAAGGCACGGAGAUCGCCGAGUACCUGGCCGCCAGGGAGAGGCGGGAGCAGCAGGAGGAGCUGGAGCGACGCAGCAACGCGGCCGCCACGAGGAUCCAGUCGUGGUGGAGGGGGGUCAUGGUGCGGCGCGGGUUCGGGCCCUUCAGGAAGAAGCGAGCCAAGGACAAGGGCAAGGGCAAGGGCAAGGCCAAGGCCAAGGGCAAGAAGCCCAAGAAGUAGCAGCAGCAGCAGCCCCCGAUGUAGUCCGGCACCCCGGGUCCAUAUACCGAAUAAAACUGCAUUUGAAGCUGGCAAACUGA